UUAAUUAUGGUAGAGCCAUAGAUGUUGAAGUUGGCGACGGUGAUUACACCUUUAGUCCCAGUUUCGUAGUUGCAUAUUAUGAUGAACCUGUAACAUUUAUAAGAAUAGGCACUAAGACUUUUACACUCUAUGAAUCAGAUACAUCACAUUGUACAAAAUCCGAAAGACCUGACGCUUUUUAUGCAGUAUUAACGGACGAACAGCCACGAGCUACAUUUAAAGCUAAAAAUACCGGAAGGAACAAAUUUUAUAUAUUUGUUAAUAAAGGUUGUGAUUUUCGUAGUAUAUUUAAAAUUAGCGCCAGUGAAAAUCCGGAUCAACCCUCGAAA